GCGGCUUCCAACUUGACCACCAUCAUCGCAGCCACUCGCCUUUGAUUUGGCCUCUCCGCACGCGACGCAUAUUGUACAUCUCCUCACCUACCGGUUCUGCUCCCUUGAGCCACGCGAGAGCCGUGACACCAAACCGGACUGGACACUACCUUCGAACUGCCCCGAAACACCCUCGAAAGAUACCCUGUUGCACGAUGGGCAACACCAGCAAAGGGUGCGACGGUGACUUCUACGCCAGCCCUCUCGCGAGUGCCGAAUACCGAGUGGCGUCUCUUCAAAAUUAUCCGCAGACAUCUCUGACCCCGCUACCCAUACAACCCCUCCCCGAUCUCCUUGCUCUUCGAGCAAACGAACUCGAAGAAAUCAAACGUCACACCAUCGAUGUGAAGCGCGUCCAUGCCACACUUUUUCCGGACGAUCGCUUUCCUCUCAAGCCUCGCGCGAUGGUCCGCGCCCUCGACCGAAAUCUGUACGACCUGAAAGCCCGCAGAUGGCUCUCGGCUCAGUUCUAUCCACCUACCCCCCUCUCAUCACUAGAAAGGGUAUCCGCGACUGCCGCCUUCCUCAACGAGAUCACGCGAUGCUGCUGGCUUGCAUAUGCAGCUCUUCGUCUGCCAUCAUCGUUCACACCUCGACAAUGGACCGUCGCGGAAACUUCGCGAACAUCUGCAACGGGCGACGUCGACUCCCACUACAGCCUUGUCCUUGCCGACGCUGGUCUGCGCACACUUCGAUGGCAAGAUGUCCUAUGUGACGUCGAGAUCGUAGCAGAUGCUAGCGAACUUCCCGAAGCGCUGCAGCGACUCUCGAGCGGCGCAGCGCACGUAUUGGCCACGCAGGAUGACCGCAUCUUCCACCUAGGGCUCGCUCUCGCUGGUGACAAAUACCAGCUGGCGUACUUCGACUGCGCUGGGCGCGUUCUUUCUGCCGUGUACGACAUGCACGAGUACCCCAUGUACUUUCUCCGCAUCCUGAUGGGCUUGACGAUGCUCGACAAGUCAUCGAUUGGCAAGGACCCUUCGUUCGUCUCUCGCGGGGGGCAGCGAUUUCUCACCGUCGCCAAUCGCGAGUACGAGGUCAUUGAGACUUUGGCCAUCGACAAGAGGGUCAUUGGUCACGGCACCGUAUACUGGCGAUGCCGUCGGGAGAACGGCAACGACGUGAUAGUCAAGAGCGCAUGGGCGAAUGUGCACCAGUCGCCUACGGAAGGAGACCUCUUCCGAGCAGCGUGCAGUUGCAGGGGUACGCCAGAAUUGGUCUGUGAGGAGAGAGUCUUUCGGUCCGACGGGAAACCAUGGUCGACUAUGUGGAUCCGGGAUACUUUGUCAGGUCAAGACCGACUGCGAUUCAUCCGGCGAAUUCGUCCGCUUGAGCUGCGCCGCCUCGUCCUGGAUUCGACAGGCCGUCCUUUGAAGGAGUUUGCGUCAAAAGACGAGCUGCUUUUGGUUCUCAAGGAUACAAUCAGAACUCACGAGACCAUGUUCAGGUCAGGCCGUCGCAUUCUUCAGUGCAACAUCAGCGAUACGAGCAUCAUGCUUCACCAACCAUCGAGUUCACCUCGCCGACGCGGGCUAUUCGUCGAUCUCAGUCGCGCGGCCUGGGUGUCCGGAUAUGGACCAGACGGAUUCGUCUCCGUGGGGUCUCGGACCGAUUGUCUACCAUUCCAGGCAUGCCAUCUUACCCGACAGCCGGACUCCACGACCCAUCACCUGCCGCAGCACGACCUCGAGUCCUACAUUCACCUGCUCAUGUACAUAUGUGCAAGCUACUCCGGCCCGUCGAACACGCCACGCAAGAACUUCGAUAUCCGCGAUUCACCCAUGGCCCCAUGGUACAACUCCGACAGCGAGGAGAAGUGCAGGAUUAUGACCACCCUCCCCGACGUCGAGUUUCGCGGAUUCCUCGACGACCUGUUCGACCCGUACUUCGACGACCUGAAGGGGCUCGUCUGCGAGUUGCGGACGCUUCUCUUGCGCAGAUGCGACCGUGGCCGUCCCCCUGAUCACGAAGACGUGCUCGAGGUGUUCGACCGCCACAUCGCAGCGCUGCAGACUCCACCUCUUCAGCCCGAACCUGCGCCAGCUCCUCGCCAGCGCGCGCUCGAGAUUCCAAUGGCCGUCGAGACGAGGCGCAAGGGGUUCGUCAAGCGAAAGCUUGCAUGCGCCCCUCUUGCCGAGCGUGCUGCUCUUGCGGCGGCGACCCCUCCACCUGCGCCCGCCAUGCCUAUCGCUACCCUGGCGUCGCCCACCAGUCCAACGGCCGCUCCAACUGCGCCCUCUCCUGUCGCGCUUCCUCCUGCUGUCGCCCGGCCUUCCCCUCCUCCGCCCCAGUCAACCUCGCGAACUAUACCUUCCCCUCGACCAUGCCCCUCAAGGCCGAUGACCAGAGCCAUGAAGCGGCGACUCGCGGAAUCAAGACGGGCUGUGUCGCCCCCUAGCGAUGAUUCCGACCGUACGCUGGUGGAUACGACGCCGGAGCGCAAGGGCUCUUUGCCCGAGAGUCCCUCGCCGAAGAGGAAACUGUCGCCUAGCCCUUCGUCGGAGGACAGGAGACCGUCGCCCCGCCGUAGCAAGAGGCUCGCGUCUCCUGACGCGCCCUCGGACGAGCCACCCCUGCAAGCAACGCGAGCUUCCAAGCGUCGGAAGGUCGCAUAACGCGCUGCGCGUAGGCGUGCUCGUGCUCCCGGCGUGUUAGGAGCCCGGUACCUUCCUCUGCGUCCAGCGUCGAUGAAGGUUGCCGAUGGAGUUGAUGCAUAUGCUGGAGGACUUCAGCGAGCGCCGCCUGUGUACGCCCGGUGUCGUGCUCGCUACGGCUGAAGCCACGGGGAUAUCACCACGAGCCCGUCGCAUAGCGCCACUCAACGGACCACGCCUCUCCUGGAGAGAGGUCUGGGAAGCCGUUUCGUUAUGUGUUAUGUGGAGAACGUAGAAUAGCAUCCUCAGCCCGCGGCGCAGAGGGCGCCGGCGCGUCCGGCCUUGAAUUCACAGAAGUUCUUGUUCAAUGUAAAAUACCCCAAAUGUAAAAUACCCCCAGUGUAGAUACCAUCGUGUUCGUGUUCGGACUUGUGUAUAUCUAGAAUGAUUUCUGUCCCCUGACAAUGUAUUCGACGACGAAAUGUCCGAGGCCG